AUGUUCACCAAAGUGGAAUCGUUCGAACGGGAGUGGACAGGUCAACCUGUGACCCGCUAUGUGUCCUCUAUUUCUGGCAUGAGUGUGGUGUUGGUGGACUUCCCUGGUCCUAUCAUUAACGCUUACUUAGCUGUUGCCACGGAGGUCCAUAACGACUCGGGUACCCCUCAUACAUUAGAACAUCUGUGUUUCAUGGGUAGCCAGCAAUUCCCAUACAAGGGUCUUUUAGACCAACUUGCGAACAAGAUCUACGGCACCACUAACGCAUGGACUGACACUGAUCAGACGGUUUACACCCUCGCAAAGGCUGGUGAUGCCCAGUUUGCCAAGUUCAUGGCGGUUUAUCUUGACCAUGUGAUCAACCCGACCCUGAGAGACUCGUCCCAUCUCACCGAAGUUUACCACGUUACUCCUAAAGCCCGUGAAGCUGGCGUGGUUUUCUCAGAGAUGCAGGCUCAUGCCCACUCUGCUGACUCGCUAAUGGAGAACGUGACACAGAAGAAGUGUUUUCCUGAAAGCUCUGCUUAUAGAUCAGAGACUGGUGGCAUGCUCGACCCCCUACGUGUGCUCACUAAUGAAUCCAUCAAAGCUUUCCACAAGUCUAUGUAUGCCCCUGACAACAUGGUUCUUGUCAUCGCUGGUCAGAUCGACGAAAAUGCUUUGUUUCGUGAACUGUAUAAGUUUGAGAAAGAGUGCUUUCCUGGUACUCAUCGAACCUUUCGGCCAUUCGUGGACACAGAACCGGAUAUCAUGAUCCCGAAAUCUGAGACUGUUACCGUGGACUUUCCUGAUGAAGACGAGGAGUUUGGCAAGGUUCAGGUGACUUGGAUUGGUCCUGAUCACGAUGAUGGCCUCGCCAACACUGCAUUGGACGUACUGGGUGCCUAUCUUACUGAAUCCGGAGCAGCCCUUUUGCAGAAAGAGCUGGUAGACAUCCCUGACCCCCUCGCUGUCUCCGUCAUGUUCUAUACGCGUGACUACUUGAAGGUUAGUUUCAGUCUGGAACUUGAAUCAGUUCCUACGAAGAGACUCACUGAGGUCUCUAAGAAGAUGCUGAACCUCAUCAAAAACCACAUUGUCGACCUGAGCCGUGUGCAGGAUUGCCUUGAGAACACGAAGCUGACACUUCUGAAGCGAUCCGAAGAGAACUCUGAAUUCUUAUGCACAACCGUCAUUGAGCAUUUCCUUUACGGUCGUGGCUCUCUUGAGGAUGAUUUCAAGAUUAAGGAUCAUCUUGAGACUCUCGCUACUUGGACCACAGCGCAAUGGACUGAAACCAUGGUUCGUCUGUUUGCCUCCAACAAUAUCACUGUAUUGGGUAAGCCCAGUGCCAAACUUGCUGCUUCUAUUCCCAAAGAAGCCAAGCAGCAUAAAAAACAGCUUCUUCAGAAAUUUGGCAAAGAGGGUCUUGAACGACAACAGAAGCUCUUGGAUGAUGCUGAAAGGGAACAAAGCAAGCCUAUCCCUUUGGAAGUCAUCGAAGAGUUCAAGAUCAGCGACCCUAAGAUUGCCUUUCUAAAGUCUCAAACUGAGCGGUACGGGCGAUGGGCCGGGGAAGAGGAAGCACUCAGUAUCCAUUAUGAGAAGUUCGACAGCAACUUUGUGAACAUUGAUAUCUGCCUGGGUGCUCAGAACAUCGACGAGGAGCUGCUACCUCUGAUUCACCUGAUCUAUGGCUCAGAGAUCUUCAACUUCCCUGUUGAGGGUCUAACAGCUGAAGAGGUGAUGACAGGAUUGAACCACGACACAAUCCAGUACUACGCGUAUGCCAGUUAUAAGGGCUUCAACGAGGUUGUGCAGGUACAUGUUGAGGCUGAGUCAAGCAAGUACGAGAAGGUUGUACAGUGGAUGCAGAAGUGCCUGCUUGAGACUGUCUGGGACAUAGACCGAAUUCAAGUCUGUAUUGAUAAGGCGCUCAACCAGCUGGCCGAAACUAAGCGCGACGCUGAGUCUCGACUGACCUCCGCAAAGCAGCGUUAUCUUUUCAAGAACUCUCUCGUACAUGCUGAAAACCUGGCUUCUUACGAACAGUGGCUCCGGUCUGUCGACAUCAAUACCGUAAUCAGCCAGCUUGAAAAACUAAAGAAACAGUGGUUCAAGAAGGACAUUUUUGUCUCUGUGACUGGUAAGGUCAAGGGGGAUAAUGUGAGUGCCCCUUGGAAACAAUUCUUUGCCACAUUGCAAGAUACCCCGUCAAAGUUGGCGCUACCUCGGUCCUAUCAACAUCUGUCAACGCUGGGAGAGAAUCUCAAUGCUGAAUCAAUUCUGAUUCCCAUGAGCAGCACCAAAACUGCACAUUUGAACCUCAUGGGACAUCUUGACAUGACAUAUACGUCUUCUGAUCACAUCGCAUUACUCGUUGCCUGUGAAUACUUCCAGUGUGUGGAGGGUCCGUUCUGGACGGGACUGAGAGGUAAGGGCUAUGUCUACGGCGCUUCUCUUGGGCCCUACAUCGAAUCCAAACGCCUUCAGUUCGAAAUCUAUCGUUCCAGUAACGUAUACACUGCACUUUGCGAAGCCAGGUCUAUUGUCAACAGCACAACCACUUUGGAUGACACUUUAUUUGUUGGUGCGAAGCGAUCCGUCAUCAACAACUAUGCCAAUUCUCGGGCCUCAAACGCUGCUGCUGCAUCCAGCAAGGUUGUGGAUGUAGAGAUCAAAUUCCGAAGUGAAUGGACAACUGUGGAUGAUAUGCCCAACUUUGUCGACCAGUUCGUCAAGGAUGUUGAGGCAGUGACAGAGGCAGAAGCAAAGCGCGUUAUCCAAAAAUAUGUUGUUCCUCUUUUCCAGGGUGCGCAAAACACCACGGUGUUUUGCGCUCUCAACAUCGGCGAGGUUGACAACCUUAAGGAGAAGCUGGAGAAGGAAGGCUAUAUGGUCGAAGUUGAAGAAAUCGAUGAGGGUGAGUGUGUCAGCGACGAGGGAAGUGAGACUGAUAGAGAUGACGACGACGGGUCUGAAGAUGACGAUGACGAAUCUGAUGGAGAUACUGAUGAUACGUCCUCAAGCGAUGAUGAAUAA